UACCUUGGGGAAAACGGCUUUAGACUAAAUAGCGCGAAGGAAAAUGCAGAUUCCCAUUUUUACGGUUGAUGCAUUUACAAACCGGCCAUUUUCUGGAAAUCCCGCGGCAGUUUGUCUGCUUGAACAUGGCUUGGAUGAAGAUUUGCACCAAAAAAUUGCAGCAGAAAUGAACCUUUCAGAAACGGCUUUUAUCAGAAAACUGCACCCUGGAGAUGACUUUUCCAAAAGCUCCUGCUUUGGACUCAGAUGGUUCACCCCAGCCAAUGAAGUUCCUCUCUGUGGUCAUGCUACACUUGCAGCAGCUGCUGUGUUGUUUCACAUACAGAAAAACACAAAUUCAGUUCUCACGUUUAUGACACUGAGUGGGGAAUUAAAAGCCAGGCAAGCAGAAGAUCAUAUUGUCCUGGACUUACCACUUCACUUAACCUACCCGCAGGUACUUCAGGAAGUGGAAGAGUUAAUAAAGGCAGCCGUUGGUGACAUGGUUGUUCAAGAUCUCCGUUAUUCUCCUGACACGAAGAAACUCUUAGUCCGCCUCAGCGACACUUAUGAAAGGUCUGUAUUGGAAGAGCUGCAAGUGAACGCACAACGCUUUUUGUCAGCUGAAAAGACGGGAAAGGUGAAAGGACUCAUACUCACUCUUAAGGGAAAUUCCAGUGAACAUAAAGGCCAUGAUUUUUACUCAAGAUAUUUUGCACCUUGGUAUGGAAUUGCAGAAGACCCUGUUACAGGGUCUGCCCAUGCUGUUUUAAGCAGCUACUGGUCAGAGCAGCUGGGGAAGAAAGAAAUGCUUGCUUUCCAGUGUUCCCGUCGUGGAGGACAGUUGAAGAUUUCACUGCGUAACGAUGGAAGAGUUAACAUUGCAGGGCAAAUUGCUAUUGUAUUAAAAGGAAACCUGACUUUCUGA